AUGACUAUCUGCAAACUUAGUCAGAGCUGCGAAGAGACAUUCGACCUCAUCUGCGCAGGCGAGGGAGAGGGAUCAAGUUUAGAGAAUCCCUCAGAGACCCUCGAACGAGAACAAGGACGAUUCAGAGUAUGGGCAAGGAACAUCGGAGCCCUUCGAGAGCCGACAUCUGCAAGCUCCCUGGAUUCGCGGCUUCAGGAUGCGCCAAAGGUUCAAAAGGCAUUGGCUGACGGUUUGGAGGGACUGUUGGAAUCUCUCGAGAUAAUCCUGGGGAUUGUAAAAGGAGAUCUUCCCAAUAGGGCCGGAGCUAUCGUGGUGACGGAUGCGGGUGCCUCUGUGGGUUCUACGACGGAGCUGAAUGAGUUGGCCCUCGAUAUUCGAUCCUCCAUAACGGACCUGUUUCGUUACUCUGUGUUCCUUCGACGACAGCAGCCGCGCGGCCGAGAAGCACCAACUGGGGCCGGUUCUCGAGCUCCUGAUGCCUCGCUCGAUAUCAGGCAUACGACAGACAUGUUCCCAAAGUCAAAAGAUCAUCCAUGGCUUGCAGAACGAAUAGGGAGCGCUAUUGCACAACGCCGAGAGUACAUACGAUUCCGCCAGAGACAUCAACUAAAGUCGCAACCCAAUUCAGAACGAACCCCCAAUGCCCUAGGAGCCGACACAGCCUCGACAAAAGCAACUACGUACAAGGAAAGUGGUGAGAGCGUCAUGCUCCCCGAAGAAUCCCAGGAUGUUUCUGGUCACAGCACUCGGACAAACGCAACCUCGUUUUUGACUAUCUUUAAUAACGACGGCACUGAUGAACUCGGCAUUUUUGAUCUGGAGCGUCUAAUUUUCAAGAGCGUUCCACUGAAGUACAGCGAGUAUGUCGAGUGCCCGCUUUGUCGAACGAUCCAGAUUUUCCACAAGAAUUCCGACUGGCGGCGGCACGUCUUCACUGAUCUACAACCUUACGUUUGCACGUUCGAGGAGUGCUCCCCGGGUCUUUUCAGGACGCGCCAUGAGUGGUUUAUACACGAGAUGGAUUCACAUCGAAGGGAGUGGCAUUGCCCGAAAUGCCACACCAAAGUCGACUCCCAGGCCAAACUCCGCAGCCACUUCGGGACGAGUCAUACAAAUGACAUUGCCAAAUCCCAGAUUGAGCCGCUGCUCAACAUGUGUGAUCGUCCGAUUCAACACUUUGCACCUGGUUCCUGCCUACUGUGUGACUCGUGGGAUCCUGAGCCAAAUACAGCCUCAAACUCUCAGGACUUUUGCAAACAUCUUGCACAACACCUCCAGCAGCUUGCAUUGACCGCUAUACCUCUCAAUAUUGAGGGUCUAGAGAUCAAAGAAGAAGAGAAGGUAGAAGAGGAAGUAGAAGGGGAAGGAGUUGAGGAGCGCAACUCGGGGGAAGAGGGAGGAACGUCGAAAGAAAAAGAGGACAAUACUCAAGGAGAUUCCUUGGACUUCCGGCCGCCCCCAGUCGUCGAGCGCAUCCCCGGAGGUCCAAAGUUCCCGAAAUAUCGUGCUAUCCCAAUUCCGAAUCCCCGUCGGCCCCCAGUCGUCGAGCGCAUCCACGGAGGUCCAAAGUUCCCGAAAUAUCGUGCUAUCCCAAUUCCGAAUCCCCGUCGGCCCCCAGUCGUCGAGCGCAUCCACGGAGGUCCAAAGUUCCCGAAAUAUCGUGCUAUCCCAAUUCCGAAUCCCCGUCGGCCCCCAGUCGUCGAGCGCAUCCACGGAGGUCCAAAGUUCCCGAAAUAUCGUGCUAUCCCAAUUCCGAAUCCCCGUCGGCCCCCAGUCGUCGAGCGCAUCCCCGGAGGUCCAAAGUUCCCGACAUAUCGUGCUAUCCCAAUUCCGAAUCCCCGUCCACCAAAACCUCUCAAUAUUGAGGAUCUAGAGAUCAAAGGAGAAGAGAAGGUAGAAGAGGAAGUAGAAGGGGAAGGAGUUGAGGAGCGCAACUCGGGGGAAGAGGGAGGAACGUCGAAAGAAAAAGAGGACAAUACUCAAGGAGAUUCCUUGGACUUCCGGCCGCCCCCAGUUGUCGAGCGCAUCCCCGGAGGUUCAAGGUCCCCGACAUAUCGUGCUAUUCCAAUUCCGAAUCCCCGUCCGCCAAAACUUGUACAUCCACGUCAAAAACAGACUUGA